AGUGAAGCCACUAGCAGUCAGCCGGUGGGAGAGCAUCAGAGGAGCCAGCAAGCAGGUUGUGCACCCUGUGGAGCUGUGGAAGCUGAAACAGCUCAAAGGGGGAACGCAGGUGUCUGCGAUCGGGAGCUGCACAGGUGCAGAAAAAGAGAAAAGUGUCGUUUGGUUUUUCAUCAGUAACAUCAACAAACAACUCUCGCCAUGGCAGCUGAGAAGGCUGAAAUGGAUGCACUGAAAAAAGAGUGCGAUGGCCUCCGUGCACAGAUUGAGGCGGCCCGUAAAGCUGUGAAUGACGGCAGCAUGUCUGCAGCAUCAUCAGGGGUGGCCUCAGUGGGUCGGGUCCAGCUGAAGCUCAGGAAGACACUCAAGGGUCACCUGGCUAAAAUCUACGCCAUGCACUGGUCAGCUGACUCCAGGCAGAUGGUCAGUGCAUCACAGGAUGGAAAGCUGCUCAUCUGGGACUGUUUCACAGGGAACAAGUUGAUUGCUGUUCCACUAAAGUCUGCUUGGGUGAUGAGUGUCGCCUUCGCCCCUUCUGGUAACCUGGUGGCGAGCGGUGGUCUGGACAACAUCUGCACAGUUUACAACAUCAAGGCAGCCAGCCCCAAAACCCUCAGAGAGCUGGACGCACACACAGGUUACCUGUCUUGCUGCCGUUUCCUUAGCGAUACUGAGAUCCUGACAGCCUCCGGUGACACCACCUGCUGUCUGUGGGACCUGGAGACCGGCAAGCAGAAGGUCAUCUUCACCAACCACAUUGGAGACUGCAUGUCGCUGGCUCUCUCCCCCGACACGAACACCUUCAUCUCUGGAGCCUGUGACUCUCUGGCCAAGCUGUGGGAUCUGAGGGAAGGCGCCUGCAAGCAGACCUUCUCUGGCCACACCAGCGACAUUAAUGCCAUUUCUUUCUUCCCAAAUGGUAAUGCCAUCAUCACAGGCUCCGAUGACUGCCAAUGCAAGAUGUACGACCUGCGCGCUGACCAGGAGGUGAUUUGCUACCAGGACACCAGCCUGAACGCCGGUGUAACAUCUCUGGCUCUCUCCAGCUCGGGCCGCCUUAUCUUUGCAGGUUACGAUGACUUCAACUGCCACAUCUGGGACUCUCUGAAGGGAGAGAAAGUCGGCGUGCUGUCCGGUCAUGACAACAGGGUGAGCUGCACCGGCGUCCCUGCUGAUGGUAUGGGCGUCUGCACAGGAUCCUGGGACAGCUUCCUCAAACUGUGGAACUGAGGCGUCCCUGCAGAGAAUAACAGCAGGAGACGAAGAAGAAAAGGAGGAGGACGAGAGGAGAGGAAAAUAGUGGCAGAGAAGCGAGCCUGGAGAUUUGGUGCAGAUAUUUGACCUUCCUCUCUUUCGUUUUCCCGCUCUGCUUCUUCCUCAUACAUGUAUGCAAAUUUUAAAAGGUUGCGAAUGAGUCAUAUUGUGCAAAUGGCAUCAGUUAAACAAUGCACGAUGCAUCCCACUGCAUGUACAAGAAAGCUUUACUGUUGAUUUAUUUACUGAAAAAAAGUAAAAGCAUAAAAAAAUAGAUUAUUAAUCAAAACAGAGCAGAAAAUAAGCUCUUAUUGAAAAUGAUAAAAAUCUCUAGAUUUUCUGACAAUAACUGAAUAAAGAACAGUAAAUAAUGAAAAUAUGAAGAUAGAGCUACAGAUUUAUUUUUAUUGUCUUCGAGGUCUUUGACCUUUUAAAAGAGCACUGCAAUCAUCUAGAAAAAAAGACUGACAUGUAUAUUUAUUUAUAUUUUAUAGAUUAACACAUUAGAAAAGUCUAUGUACAGAGUCUCUUUGUUGUAUCUGAUCUGUUGGCUUUUUUGGCUGCACAUAUUCAGAGUGUGUAUUCGUAUGGCAGAGCUGCUUUCUCGGGUCCCAUAUUACCACCAGCUGACUUUGAUCCAAGAUGGCUGCUUCCGUUUCCCUGUUUCACAGGUAAAAAUUACACUGAUGGACCCGUGGAUGAUGGUUUGAAGGUGGAACCCGGCUGUGAGAGUGGCUGUAAAACACUCCUGUAAGCUUUAUUUACUCCUCUGGGUUCAGCUGCAUUUUGUUGUACUUUUAAACUUGAGCAGUUCCUCUGUGCAAAAAAAUACAAGACUUUUGUUGGAAAUCUUUCUAAUAAACAUAGAAUUCU